UUUCAGAUACUCAGAAUAUAUUUCUCAAUCAAUUCAUUGCGGCACUGAUGUUGCAAAGUGAUCAAGAGCAAUUGCUCCAGGCGCAGCAAGCGUUGAACAGGCUGAAUCUUUAUCAAAUAACUCAGCGAAUUGUUACGAAUCAACAAAACCAAUUUGUUACCCAACAACAUGAUCAAUCAGUUCAACCAAACCAUACAAGCAGCCCGGCCUACUAUGACGAAAAUAUAAGAACACGAAAUGAGGAAAUAGACGGAGCGAUUGAGUAUCACAGAAAUAUCCAACCUUUGGAGCACAUAUCCACUUGUAUACUCAAUCACAUUAAUCAAUUCUCAAUGCAGGAAAAAAUGGAGUGGUUACACGACCGACCAAAAGCCGUUGAGACUUUGCAACAACGUUCCACUGUUCUUCUGCAUGAAUUAACAAACGUUGAUGACUUUUCACGCUUGUUCGGUCUCAUGAAUUUUGGCGAGCGCCAAGUGGGUCUAACGUCAAUCCAACAAGAGUAUCAGAAAAUCCAUGCUGUUCUUCAAGAAUAUCUACAGUUCCAGCAAACUAAAACUAUAUUGCUUUUGGCUGCACGAAUCUUUGGAUCGUCUUUACUCAAUGCAGUUCCAAAUAAUCAGCUUGCUCAACUGAUGUACACUUUCCCGAAACCUGAAGGUGCAAUGCAAACCCUCAAUUAUAAUGUUCACAAUGGGCUUGGACCAUCAACACUCAGCUCACCAGGAAAGAUUAAGGAGAAAAAAAGCUUCACCCAAUAUAGGAAGAUUAAUGAACGGUUCUCUCAAACAAAAUCACCUACCUUAUACACAAACAUCUUCGGCGAAACUUCGAUGUCAGUUAUGAACGCAGCCAAUGCCAUCAGAUCCUGGGAAGACAGAAAAGCUGUUGCAGAGCAUAUUCAUACCUAUGUUGAGAAGAAAAGUUUACUUCACGAAUUCGUUCGCAAAAUUUCAAAUAUUGGACUUCGAGAGCUCAGUGGUUUCUUUGGGGCAGCAAGAAAACCACUUCCAUGGGAUGCAAAGGAAAAUCAAAUCUUUGAGAUGGUUUUCCCAAAGUUAGCUGUCUUUUUAUACGCAACAAAUCGAACCCCACAUGUCGUCGCAGAAAUGGAGCUUCUCUCUGAACAUCAAUACGAUUUCAAGAAACAUUUCAAAACGGCCAACAAGAAAAAAUACAAUCCAAAUGGGCUCUGUUAUUUGGAGGAUAUUCUGGAUGUCUUCGAGGGACAACAGAGAAAGUAUCCAAACUGGGAUACCAAUUGAGUCAAAUUAUACUCCGGUCAUUUCAAUUCGCCAAUAUCUCCAAUUCAUGUUCUGUGAUGCCAUCUUCAAUGAUCCCCGUUAUUUUUAAUUUCCUGAAUAUCAUUUGUCAUUUGAUUUUAAUAAUUUAUUCUCGACACAUUUUUUUACAUUCUUCAUUCAAGUAAGGGCAUAAUAAAUAAUAAUAAACUUUAAUUACAU